AUGUCGGCAUUCCAAUUCCCCCCCGUCCCUUCACCAGUUUCUGCAACCGAGGAGUAUUUUGACUUGGGAGCCCACGGUUUCCCCAUCACUACUAAAAACCGAGACGCUCAGGUAUGGUUUGACCGCGGCCUGAUCUGGUCAUAUGCAUUCAACCAUGAAGAGAGUUACCGGUGCUUUCAGCAGGUCCUUGCCCAUGAUCCUACUUGUGCAAUGGCAUACUGGGGGCUGAUCUAUGCGAUGGGACCCAAUUAUAAUAAAACCUGGCAGUUGUUCGAUCCUACAGACCUCGAGCGUACCUUCAAAUUUUGUCACCAUGCAGCUCAAAAAGCCGGGAAGCUCGCACACGACAAUCAGAAUAUUAAACCUGUAGAGCGAGCCUUGAUCAAAGCAAUUUCACACCGCUUCCCAGUCGACCAUCCGGUCUCGGACUUCUCAACCCUUGAUAGACACUACGCCGUUGCUAUGGAAGAGGUUUUCCGGGAAUACGGAAAUAAGGACAUGGACAUCACAACUCUGUAUAUCGACGCAAUCAUGCAUACCGCUAUACGAAAGAUGUACGAGGUCAAGAGCGGUGCUCCUGUCGAAGGGGCUCCGGUUCAUAAACUCCGCGCAAUCUUUGACGAGGCCCUGGCAAAACCGGCCUCAGAUUCCCACCCCGGUCUCCUUCAUUUCUGGAUCCAUUUCAUGGAAAUGUCCUCUACGCCAGGUGUUGCACUCCCCGGGGCUGAUAAGCUUCGCCACCUGGUCCCGGAUGCCGGACAUUAUCACCAUAUGCCGACGCGUAUUGAUGUUCUUGUUGGCGACUACCGGCGCUCAAUUGAUUCCAACACUGCAGCGGUUACUGCGGAUGAGAAGUACCUGGCCAAGGAAGGAGCAAAAAACUUCUAUAUUUUCUAUCGAUUUCAUAAUUAUCAUUCCCUGAUCUACGCUGCAAUGCUAUCUGGGCAGCGCAGGAUUGCUCUUGAUGCUACCACUCGGAUGGAAGCAUCUAUUACUGAUGAGCUGUUGCGCGUUGAAACCCCACCCUUGGCAGACUGGAUGGAAUUCUUUAAGGCCGUCCGAGUCCACGUCUACAUCAGAUUCGGCAUGUGGAAAGAGAUUAUAGAUCUCCCCUUACCAGAAGACCAAGCUUUGUACUGUGUGACCACCACCAUGAUUCACUACGGUAAGGCCAUCGCCUUCGCCGCAACAGGGAACCUCGUCCAAGCAGAUAAGGAACGCAGCCUAUACCACGCAGCCGCAAGAACAGUACCCCCUACUCGCAAGGACUUUCCAAACCUAAUCUCCGAUAUCUUGAAGAUCUCAGAUGCAAUGCUCGACGGCGAAAUAGAAUACCGACGUGGUAACUAUCCGGUAGCUUUUGAAAACCUCCGGAAAGCUGUUCAUUUCGAUGACUCUCUCCGAUACACUGAGCCCUGGGGCUGGAUGGUACCUACCAGACAUGCAUAUGCGGCCUUAAUGCUGGAGCAAGGACAUGUGGAGGAGGCUGCUCAAGCUUACGCUGAGGAUCUUGGUCUUGAUAGCUCGCUUACUCGCGCUCAUCAGCAUCCUAAAAAUGUUUGGGCGUUGCAUGGAUAUCAUGAAUGCCUUGUACGCCUGGGUCGAGAGUCGGAGGCCCGCAUUAUCAAGCAGGAUCUUGACCUUGCGCUGCAGGUGGCUGAUGUACCUAUAAAAUGUUCCUGUUUUUGUCGCCUUGGGGCUCUUGAGUCCGACGAGAACGGCGGGAGCUGCUGCCAAGGCGCUUACCAAUAG